CUGGGCUCCAGCCAGCAACAGUUCUGCGGUGUGGUCCCUGGACUGCUAAGACAACUGACUAAAACAAAGAAGUUCCUAGGGACAAGUUUUGGCCAUAGAGACUUUGGAGGAAUGGUGUCACACUUCCCAGAAAAGGCAAAACAACCCAUGUGGGUUCAAGUGAACUUUUUGCAGCUCUCCCUCAGCGCAGGAGGAGGUUGUGGGUUGCGGACUCGGUGCUGGAAUGAGAGUAAUUGAGCUUGAACUGAACCCGAGGUAGCUUUCUCCUCCUGGUGUCAUUGCAGCAGCCUCCAGUGCCGGGUCCCUAGCUCCUCGGCAGCCUCUCUUCCCGGUGCAAAAUCGCCUGUGAAGACAGCAAAGCCGCCGCAGAAGUUGCCGGGCAUAAGAGUCCGGAGGCAUUGGCUCAGUAACUUUUCACGUCAUUUUCUGCUCCGGAGCCCCUUCUCGCCUCUCCGCGCAGCCUUUCCCAACGCAAAUCACCAGUGCUCAUGGGGCAGGGGAAGAGAGGCUUGCAGCACUGAGCUGAAACCGGACUGAAGCCAGUGAUGUCCGGCACCAAAUUGGAGGACUCCCCCCCUUGUCGCAACUGGUCAUCCGCUUUGGAGCUGAAUGAAACUCAAGAGCCCUUUUUAACCCCCACCGACUAUGACGACGAGGAAUUCCUGCGGUACCUGUGGAGGGAAUACCUACACCCGAAAGAAUAUGAGUGGGUCCUGAUCGCUGGGUACAUCAUCGUGUUCGUGGUGGCUCUUAUUGGGAACGUCCUGGUUUGUGUGGCAGUGUGGAAGAACCACCAUAUGAGGACAGUGACCAACUACUUCAUAGUCAACCUUUCUCUGGCUGAUGUGCUUGUAACCAUCACCUGCCUUCCAGCCACGUUAGUUGUGGACAUCACUGAGACAUGGUUCUUUGGACAGUCCCUCUGUAAAGUGAUUCCUUAUCUACAGACUGUGUCAGUGUCCGUGUCUGUCCUCACGCUAAGCUGUAUCGCCUUGGAUCGAUGGUAUGCAAUCUGUCACCCUUUGAUGUUUAAGAGCACGGCCAAACGAGCAAGGAACAGCAUUAUCAUCAUCUGGAUUGUCUCUUGCAUUAUAAUGAUCCCACAGGCCAUCGUCAUGGAGUGUAGCACUAUGCUCCCCGGCUUAGCCAAUAAAACCACUCUCUUUACAGUGUGUGACGAGCGCUGGGGUGGUGAAAUUUACCCGAAGAUGUAUCACAUCUGUUUCUUUCUGGUCACAUACAUGGCACCCCUGUGUCUUAUGGUGUUAGCCUAUCUGCAAAUAUUUCGCAAACUCUGGUGCCGACAGAUCCCUGGAACAUCAUCUGUAGUUCAGAGAAAAUGGAAGCCCCUCCAACCUAUUACACAGCCUCGAGGGCCAGGACAGCAGACCAAGUCCAGAAUUAGUGCUGUGGCUGCUGAAAUAAAGCAGAUCAGAGCCAGACGGAAAACAGCCCGGAUGCUGAUGGUUGUGCUUUUGGUGUUUGCAAUUUGCUAUCUGCCAAUUAGCAUCCUCAAUGUGCUAAAGAGAGUAUUUGGGAUGUUUACCCACACAGAAGACAGAGAGACUGUCUAUGCCUGGUUCACAUUUUCUCACUGGCUUGUAUAUGCCAACAGUGCUGCGAACCCAAUUAUUUAUAAUUUUCUCAGUGGAAAAUUUCGAGAGGAAUUUAAAGCUGCAUUUUCUUGCUGUUGCCUUGGAGUUCACCAUCGCCAGGAGGAUAGGCUCACAAGGGGAAGAACGAGCACAGAGAGUCGGAAGUCUCUGACCACCCAGAUCAGCAACUUUGAUAAUAUUUCAAAACUCUCUGAGCAAGUUGUGCUCACCAGCAUAAGCACACUCCCCGCAGCCAAUGGAGCAGGACCACUUCAAAACUGGUAUCUGCAACAGGGGCCGUCUUCAUCACUACUGUCAACCUGGUUGGAGGUUUGAAAGAAGAAGCCAAUGUUGACUGUCACUAAGUGAAAUAAUGGUUUAUGAAACAAUUGCCACUGUGUUACGAGUAUAGUGUGAAAGAAGACUGGUUCUUCAUAAAGCUUCAUAACACUCGUGUGCUUUUUGGCUACCUGGAUGGCUUGAGUAUCUAAAUGAAACUUUCAAAUCUCCAGCUAUAUUUAUACUUAUCGAAAUCGAAGUUGUGUGGAGUCAGACAGUUUUAAGAAUGAUCAUUACCUGGAAGAAAAACAAAAACAUACAAGUACAAUAACUGUGGAAUGGAAUAACAGAGCAUGUACAUUGUUUUCAUCCAGUUAAUGUAGGAAACCUUCUAAGGACUCUGGAUUUUGUAUGGUUACAUAAACAGAACAGAUGGUAAACAAGCAGAUAUUCUCAGUCCUGCAAUCUAAUGGAACAAAGGGUCAACUACUUACCUCAUUAUGUGCUAAUAACACAAAUGAGAAGAAUCCUUAUGGAAAGAAUGUUUUGCAACUUUUAUGCUAUACAGUAUGUAUGUAUGGGUUUUUUUUUUUUUGCUAUAUUUCAAGACAAUGUAAAUGCUAUCGAACUUUUGUUACCAAUAAGGAUGAGAUGCUUUUAUCUAAUACAGAGUCCAUUUGAACUUCCUUAUUUCUCAAUUUUUACAAACCCAUGAAAACUUUGAUAUUUGAAUUCAUUCAUUCUUGGCAAAAUGUGAUU